AAGAACCGGCGCAAUGGCAGAGUGAGGAGUAAAUGGCUCAGAGUGUCCGCGGCGGAAAGCGACCUGAACACCGGACUGAGAGCCCACAAACAAACCCAGCAGAGCGGGAAGCCGUCACACCACCCGGGGACACUUUCAAUCCGACACUUUCAGCCCGUUUUAUUUCUCUUCUUCUUUUUUUGUGUGUGUGAGCGCGCGUUAGAACAGCGAGGAUAUCUUAAUUUGGACAUGUGAGUUAUACGGGAGUUAACAAGACAAGGAGGCUUUCUUCUUCUUCUUCUUCUCCUGGUUUUGGAUCAAAGAUGAAGUUCCAGGCGUGCGUUUUAGUCACUUUGGCGGUGAUCCGCUGGAGUGCAGCGCAGUCAGUCUGCCCGGGUACGGAGAACAAACUGAGCACGCUGUCCGACCUGGACCAGCAGUACCGCACCCUGAGGAAGCUCUACGAGAACUGCGAGGUCGUCAUGGGCAACCUGGAGAUCACCAGCAUCGACCGAAAUCGCAACCUGUCCUUCCUGAAGUCCAUAAGAGAAGUGACGGGCUACGUGCUGGUGGCGCUGAAUCAGUUCGAGUACCUGCCGCUGGAGAACCUGCGGAUCAUCCGAGGCACAAAGCUGUACGAGGGCCGCUACGCUCUGGCCAUCUUCCUCAACUACAGGCGGGACGGCUUCUACGGCCUGAGGCAGCUGGGCCUCCGCAACCUGACGGAGAUACUGAGCGGCGGCGUCUACGUGGACCAGAACAAGUUCCUGUGCCACACUGACACCAUCCACUGGCUCGACAUUAUCAGGAACCCCCAGGCGGAGCUGCUGGUGGUUCCGUCCAACAACAGCAACAACGGAUGCAGGCGCUGCCAUCGCUCCUGCACCGGACUCUGCUGGGGUCCUCAGGAAAGCCAGUGUCAAACAUUGACAAAAUCGGUGUGUGCAAAGCAGUGUGACGGUCGCUGCUUCGGGUCUUACAUCAGCGACUGCUGCCAUCGAGAAUGCGCCGGCGGCUGCUCUGGCCCCAAGGACACCGACUGCUUUGCCUGCACCAACUUCAACAACAGCGGCGCCUGCGUCACCCAGUGCCCCCAGCCGUUCGUCUACAACCCCACCUCCUUCCAGCUGGAGCCCAACCCCCGAGCCAAGUACACCUACGGAGCCUUCUGCGUGAAGAAAUGCCCCCAUAACUUCGUGGUGGACCACAGCUCCUGCGUCAGAGCGUGUCCCAGCAACAAGAUGGAGGUGGAGGAGAACCGCAUCAAAAUGUGCAUCCCGUGCACCGACAUCUGCCCUAAAGUGUGCGACGGCAUCGGGACGGGCAUCCUCCAGACGGCUCAGACCGUGGACGCCAGCAACAUAGACAAGUUCGUCAACUGCACCAAAAUCAACGGCAAUCUCAUCUUUCUCAUCACCGGCAUCAAAGGGGACAUGUACCACGGCAUCGGACCUUUGGACCCGGAGCGUCUCAGCGUCUUCCGCACCGUCAAGGAGAUCACAGGGUACCUGAACAUCCAGUCUUGGCCUGAAAACAUGACGGAUCUGAGCGUUUUCUCCAACUUGGCGACCAUCGGAGGCAGAACUCUUUAUAGUGGGAUCGGCAUUUCUCUGCUGAUCCUGAAGCAGCUCGGGAUCUCUGCCCUCCACUUCCAGUCUCUGAACGAGAUCAGUGCCGGAAACGUCUACAUCAUGAACAACACCCGCCUCUGCUUCUACAACACCGUCAACUGGACGUCGCUGUUCAGGACCUCGAGCCAAAAGGUCGUCGUCCGCAACAACCAGGACCCCAAGGAGUGCACUCAGCACCGGAUGGUGUGCGACCACAUGUGUUCGGACGACGGCUGUUGGGGCCCGGGGCCCGACCAGUGCCUCUCCUGCCGCUACUUCAAACGAGGCCGCACCUGCGUGGAGUCCUGCAACCUGUUUGACGGGGAAGAGCGGGAAUUUGCCAAUGGGUCCGUGUGCCUGGACUGCGACAGCCAAUGCGAGAAGAUGGACGGAAACAGCCUAACGUGUUUUGGCCCGGGCCCAGACCAGUGUGUACAAUGCCUUCACUUCAAAGAUGGGCCCAACUGUGUGGAGAAGUGCCCCGACGGACUGCAGGGCGCCAACAGCUUCAUUUUCAAAUACGCCAAGGCCAACAACGAGUGUCAUCCCUGCCACGCCAACUGCACCCAGGGGUGCAUCGGGCCGCGGCUCCAGGACUGCGUGGGGAUGAUGGACAGGACGCCGCUGAUAGCCGCCGGUAUCAUUGGUGGGCUGUUCAUCGUCGUCAUCCUGGCGCUCAGCGUGGCCGUUUUCGUUCGACGCAAAAGCAUCAAGAAGAAGAGAGCCUUGAGACGCUUCCUAGAGACAGAGCUGGUGGAGCCCCUGACCCCCAGUGGCACCGCCCCCAACCAGGCUCAGCUGCGCAUCCUGAAGGAGACGGAGCUGAAGAGGGUCAAGAUCCUGGGCUCUGGAGCGUUUGGAACCGUCUAUAAGGGCAUCUGGGUCCCGGAGGGCGAGACGGUGAAGAUCCCCGUCGCCAUAAAGAUCCUGAGCGAGGCCACGGGUCCCAAAGCCAACGUGGAGUUCAUGGACGAGGCACUGAUCAUGGCCAGCAUGGAGCACCCCCACCUGGUGCGCCUCCUCGGUGUGUGCCUGAGCCCCACCAUCCAGCUGGUCACCCAGCUCAUGCCCCACGGCUGUCUCCUGGACUACGUCCACGAGCACAAGGACAACAUCGGAUCGCAGCUGCUGCUCAACUGGUGCGUCCAGAUCGCAAAGGGGAUGAUGUACCUGGAGGAAAGGCGGUUAGUCCACAGAGACCUGGCGGCUCGGAACGUUCUCGUCAAGUCCCCCAAUCACAUCAAGAUCACCGACUUCGGCUUGGCCCGGCUCCUGGACGCCGACGAGAAGGAGUACAACGCAGAUGGGGGCAAGGUUGGUAUGCCCAUCAAGUGGAUGGCUCUGGAGUGCAUCCACUACAGGAAGUUCACCCAUCAGAGCGACGUGUGGAGCUACGGAGUGACCAUCUGGGAGCUGAUGACAUUCGGCGGCAAACCGUACGACGGCAUCCCCACGCGGGAAAUCCCAGAUAUCCUGGAGAAGGGCGAGCGACUGCCGCAGCCUCCCAUAUGCACCAUCGACGUCUACAUGGUCAUGGUGAAAUGCUGGAUGAUCGAUGCAGACAGCAGGCCCAAGUUCAAGGAACUGGCUGCAGAGUUCUGCAGAAUGGCCCGUGACCCCCAGCGGUACCUGGUCAUCCAGGGAGACGACCGCAUGAAGCUGCCCAGCCCCAACGACAGCAAGUUCUUCCAGAGCCUGCUGGACGAGGAGGACCUGGACGACCUGAUGGACGCCGAGGAGUACCUGGUGCCUCGAGGUUUCAACAUGGCCGCCACGUCGGGCUCCGCAAGGCCCUGCGUUGACUCCAACCGAAACCAGUUUGGCUAUCGGGACGGGGGCCCAAACACAGUGGAGGGGCCUCUGGUGGGGGCCCAUGGCGGAGGGAACCAGGAGGCAUCCAGCAGCCAGGGAACAGUUCUGGAGGACCAGCGCUGUAACGGGAGUCUCCAUAAAAGCAGCCAGAGCCAAGCCGGGGCGGAGGACCCCGGGGCCCAGAGGUACAGCGCCGACCCCACCAUCUUCCUGGGGGACAGGACGUCCAGAGGGGACACCGACGAGGACGGCUACAUGACAGCCAUGAAGGACAAGAGCUCCUCAGAGUACCUGAACCCCGUUGAGGAGAACCCGUUUGUAUCCAGACGUAAAAACGGUGAGAUCCACGCAUUGGACAACCCGGGCUACCACAGCACGCCCAACAGUCAGCCCAAAGGAGAGGACGAGUACAUCAACGAGCCCCUUUACCUCAACACUUUCCACAGUCCUGCUGAGCUGGGCCUGGAAGCCCUGAGAAGGAACGGCCUUCCCUUACCCAGCAUGCCUCCGUCCUCCAUCUCGGCCUCAACGCCAGGCUCCCACCUCCCGCUCACCGUUCAGACCAGUCUGCCCCACUACCCCCUAUCCUCGGCCCAGCCGUCUCCGGCCGGCCUGCCCUGCCUCCAUGCUCCGGCAGCCCACAUCCUCCACCCCCAUAACGCCAUCAAACCUGCAGGGCCUUCUGGAAAUCCAGGUGGCUCCGUCCCUCCCAGCCAAACAGGAACUUCUGCUCCAGCCCCAGUGAGCCUAUCAGGUUCCCUGUCCACCUCGGCCACCCUGGGCCACGGUAGCCUCCCAGCCUACCAGAGCUACACCACCUCCCACCCCGGCAGCCUGCUGAAGCAUGGAGGGCAUACGUCAGGGAAAGCCAGCGGAAAGAAGCUCAAGGUAACCUUUGACAAUCCUGAAUAUUGGCAGCACAGCUUGCCUCCAAAGUCCUCCUUACAGGUGGCCCCUGACGGGGCCCAGGGAGGCCCCGCCAACGCCAAGCUUUUCUACAAGCAGAAUGGACACAUACGGCCCCCAGUGGCUGAAAACUCUGAGUACAUGUCUGAAUUUGCCCUGAAGUCCGGCACCGUUCUGCCGCCUCCACCCUACAGGCAGAGAAACACUGUGGUCUAGAUCAUCCACCAGCUCUAGCCUCCUGCCACCCAGACACCAUCAGUGGGGUCAAAGACCCGCCUGACUCUUUCCAGAGAUUGCGCCACCUGCUGUAGCAACAUCCAAAGGAGUUGGACAGGUACAACCAACUCAGACACCUUCCCUACAUCCAGUCCAUCUCCGUUUUUGUAGAUAGAGACUAUCUUCCAACGCAUUGAGAUGGCCAUGGCAACAAAGAUCAGGCAACGAAAGAUGGAGGCACUCUGUGUUGUUGGCGCACAACUCUCAGACUUAAAAGGAUCAAGCUCUGGGGACAUGAACUCACUGCCAGCCACCUCAGUGUCACUUUUGUGAGAGAAACACAAGGUUUUCUGUUAUUUUCCAGCAAAAAUAAAACAAAGCCAGAAGAUGAGCAAUAGAUUCCGAAACAAGAAAAAUUUGUCAGGUUUUGCAAUGAAGAAAAGCGAAAUGUGGGAAACUGAGGCAGAGUUUGGUUUAGUUUUUGGAGAGAGCAGCAGAAUCAGACUUAUCAGUCAUAUUCAGUGUUUUUGCCUUUCGGAUUAUACCGCGUGUUCUUGAAUUUUCCAUUGAAUAUGUGAAACCCAUCUAAUCCUACUGUUACUGUGAUACUGUGAUGGCCAGAACUACAGUGAUCUCUUUUAUUUGUAGUUCAACCACAAACUGUAAACUAAUCGCCUGAAAAUCUCCUGGGCAACAACAGUUUUUUUUUUUUCUUCUUUUUGUUGUAAACUUGGAGAUUAUGAUCAAAAUAAUCAAGGAACAAAAAAAAGUACACUGUUAUUACUUUUCUACACACUGGUUCCGGUGCGGAAAAGUUGCAUUUUUGACACUGGUUUUCCAUUCACACCGCAACGCUAACUUUGAGGAGUAAAUGUUGUUAUGGAAAUUGCUGCAUCCAGCCAAAUUGUGUGUGAAGAUCGUCCAAAAAGGGUCGGAACUCAAAGUGGGGAUCACAGGGCGAGAGAAUGUCAGACAUCUACUGGGAGGACGAGGGAAGGUUCCUACAAGCCGACUAAUGAAGACCUCAAGGAAUGAAGAAGGCAGCACCAGCAGAGCACAGACUACUUUUUAAUGUGUGGAUCUGGAUUUACAUCAGUGUGACGGGGUGUGUGUGUGUGUGUGCGUGUGUGUGUGUGUGUUUCAACAAGCUAGCCUGGCCCCUUUGAGAACGAGAGAAAAACAAGUUGCAGAAAUCAGCCGCAGUGUAAUUGACAGCUACCGAUAUCAACCAGCAGCAGGCCUAAACAAAGGCCUUUAGACGUACGGAUAAUGAGAAAUCAAGGGUUAACUGAAGGCUCUUAGAGCGGGCCAACGGCAGCAAAUCUCGUGAAACAUUUCAGAGUCCCUGCAAAUCUGCUUGGUUGAGUUCAGGAACACGUGGUUUUACACUGGAUCUGUUGACAAACCCUUACAUGGAUCGAUUUGGUCAUGAAAUGUUGAUGGAAGCCAUGUUCUCUUCUGGAAGCCGUUUCAUGGGUAACGUAGACUACGUUACUCCUAGGACACCAAUACCUUAAACUCUUUUAAGUGAACCUAUCUUCACCAAAAUGUUGUGGUUUCUUACCGGCUAUCGGGUGGUGUAGAGUUGCAGUUAGCUCUUUAGCUUUAGCCACAUGACUGUCUAUGUCUUUACUUUGCAACUUGAAGCACUUAAAACACUCUGGUCACACCAGCACUUCCUCUUUACACGGAUCAACAUUAAAAAUGUUGUGAGGUAAAAAGCCUAGGUGAACCUCGACACCGGUAACCAAACCACGCCCACUUCUUCUUUCCACUAGGACAGUUUUUUCUUUUUUUUUUAAUUACCAAAGUAAUUUGACAUUUUUGUACCGAUAGUGCUUCCGUCUUCAGUUGGUGUCUGUAGGUUUAUGUGCAGACAUAAGUUUCUCUACAAAGUGUCUGCUAAAUAAUACCUUAUGAAUAUGACAACUUUGGUUUAUUAAGGAUAGUUAUGAUGAUCACCAGUAGCAUAAAGCCAAGAACCACAAAAUUCCUCCAACUCCAAUGUUCUUUAUUGACGCAUAACUUUUAACACCCAAAACACCAAGGACAUUUACCUGUUAAGUAUUUAAUUUGCUUAAUUUUGGUUUAAUAAAUUUAUUAGUUUGACUGGACUCGGACUGGAUGCCUUAAAAAAACCUUUACAUAACCUCCUCCACACUUAUUGGGAAAACAUCCUGUGCAUGAUGCCAUGCAGUCCAACAGGGUUCCUAGGGCCUUUGGAAGAGAACCUAGCCCACAGCACCACAGAUCCUCCACCGUAUUCUACAGUGAACAUGAGGUGGAAAUACUUUGUGCUUAUUUUAGUUGUACAUUUGGCAUAAGUAGUUGUGUAAAAAACUGAAAUUUGUAAUAGAUAAAAUGUUGCAUUUUUCUAAAACCUUUCACCUUUAAUAGGUGAGCUAGGAAAUGUGGAUGGUACUGCAGGUAACCUGUAUCUGUAUGGUUGUUUUUGCUUCUUUUUUUCCUAAAAUAACGUUGGUCUCCCUCCCUCAGAAACUGUAAUUUAAAAAAAAAUUAUUCAGUAUAGCCUCAGUCCAAAAAGAAACCCGCUGGAAGAAACAGAGCCGUUUGAUCAGAGCCGAAGUUGAACGUGGUGAAAGCUUCACAUUUUCUGUUUUAAAUACACAAUAAAAGCGCCACAAUUUUACCGUAUUAUUUCAACUGCUGCCAAAAUAACCCAACACAACGAUUGUUAGGAACAAUGACAUUUUCACAUUUGUUUUCAGUUUUGAAAUGAAGACUAGAGCUAAAAUACCGAUUAAAAUUUAGCUCUAGCUUUUUGUUGAAAAGACUUUAAACCAUAGACUUUAUUUUUCCACCGAAACGACAAAACGCUCCGAUGACGAUAUCCGUUUCGAAGCCGUUCAGUCAUUUUGGCUUCUGCUCUUCUCUGUUGGUGGCAGUGAAGACGAUGCCUGGCGAUUUGGUUUCUCACGAGACACAUGGUUAUUCUGGCAGAAAGUCUACCUUAAUAAUAGACAUAAAGAAAGAAUGCUAAGCUAAUAUUUUGAAGCUAACAGAUUCAUACGCACAUUUUACGUUAUUGUAAUACCACAAGUCAUUUGGUUGAUUUAUGUCGUUUAUUUGUGCGUCAUUAAAUGUGUCCCCGUGUGUUGUUCAGAAUACCUGUGAAAAAAGAUUUUAUUAAUCUUUCCUCUCAAGAAAACGGUCGUUACAUUCGCCACUGAUGCCUCUUCGGGCAAACGAAGAAAAACUUUGUUGGUGUUGAACGUUUUUAAAACGGCUAGCAUUGCUCACUUUGUAUUGCUCGGCGUUAAAACUGCUUUUUCAUGUGGUGGAAAACUCCAUCUGAGCUAUUUUCUUAUUUACCUUACUUAUAUAUUUGAGCACGUCUGAAAGGGUAAAAGCUGCGUGCGUUUUAUUCAUUUUCCCCGGAGCGCUUUGAUCAGAGACGCGGGUCGAAAUUGUCUGUUUCCAUCUUGUCCCACUGAAAUAUUCAACAUGUUUUGCUGCUAGUUUAACGCUUAAGAAAUCAAACGUUCAAGCGUGAGUUUGAGGAAAGUGAUGCGUUCAAGAGUUCAACGGGAAAGAAACACAUUCGAAGGUGUUGCCUAAAAAAAUGUUCUUGUUCCAAUGUGGUUUUUUAUGUUUAAUAUUACCAGAUUACGAAUAAUUUAUAAAGUAGUAUCUUGUAGACACUUUUAGAACUCUUAAUUGUAUGAAAAAGAAACUGAAAUUAUAAUCAAAGUAAACGAUUUAUUACAUAUUUCAGCUUAUUUACACAGAGCAAAGGAAGCAACACUCAGUUCCCGGAUUUUGAACUGAAAAAAAGAGACUACGAGUGCAAAUGAAGACAUGCUUGAUUUCGUUUGCCCUUAGAUAAACUCCAGGGAAAGGCAAAAUAUAUAACAACACAGAAUACAUAUAAAAAAAUCAUAGGAAAGCAGCCUAUAUUAGACCAAGCACAUAACUUAAUUGUAAAAACACAGUGGCUCUAUUUUGACCCAAUCCAGUUUUCAUCGACAUGGUUUCCGUUUAGGAGCCCUGCUGGACUUUCAGCGUUGAUGCAAAAGUUUUUAUUUCUUUCUGUGAAGGAAAUGGUUAUUUUUGCUGCACUGAUGACUCAACGUUUCAAAUUUAUCUUGCUUUGAUCUGGGGCAGUGCUACCUGCUGCUGCAGCCGAAGCAUUUGGGUGACUCAUAGCAACAAUAACAGCCCUCAAAACUGAUGGGUUUUUUUUAGUCCAAGUCCACACAUUCACGCGUCUUUUUUUUUUUUAAAUGUAACUUUCUGUAUGGCUUUGUAUUUGGUUUUAGUUGCAAAAAUCUCUUUUCCAAAUAUUUUUGAGCAGUUGGUUCCGUUGGCACAAAAAAAUGGGGAGCCCCAGAAGGCAACUUGAUGUUUUUACAGGCAGAUUUUUUUCUGUUCAGACAGAUUUCUUUGUUAUUUUAGAACGUACUCGCAUGUAUGUGAAUCUGGCACAGAUUGAUGUUUCUUUUGGAAAACCUGGUUAGUACUGCUGGCAUGGAAAACCGAAAUGCGAUCUGUUGUUUUCAUGGAUGGAGGGUUUGUUUGUUUUUUGGGGUUUUUUUCUCAAAAGUUUUCUUCGGGCCUAAUUUUCAUAUAGUGAAUUUAAUUUUAUGUUCCUGUUUAAGCCACAGCUCAAAGGCACAUCGCCUCGUUCCAAACAAAAUAGCUUUUUAACACUCGCAUAAAUUGAGCCCUCACCGGUUUUGGCUGUUGCCAUUAAAAACCUGAACACACAAAGGAUGGAGACAAGUAACUUUUCCACUGUGCUAUAUGAUAAAUUAGCUAAACCAUUGACUACAAAUAAACAAAAACCACAGGCCAGUAUUGUCUUGAAAUAGUAGUUUUUGUGGAAAAACACCACCUCUGUAGAGAUGCUUCAACGUGUUUCUUACGAACCCAAUUAUGUAUGUGUGAAUUAGUUUAACGUUGCUUUCCAGGUCUUUGCCUAAAGAAGUCUUCACCAAUAGUCACUUUAGCUAGCUACACAUUUUUGUAUCGACAAAGAACUACUGAAGUACCUGAUAAUACUUUUUAUUUCUAUUAAAAAACAAUAUACAAAUGUAUGUGUGAACUUGACGGAUCCUAAGCUACACAAACACUUGUUGUGUAGUUUGGCCUUGUGCUAGCAUGUACGUUUAGCGUCAUGUUGAUCCCCGCGUUGUACGAAGACCGCAGAGAAAGGCUACAAGCAAAAGAAAAUUACUGCCAGAUACCGUGGUAAUUGUUGAAAAUGCCGUGAUAUAAAACUUUGGUCUAAACUUAGUCAAACGAGGUUUAAUGGGAGGAACAUCUGUCACGUUUAAGCUGCUAUAUUGUGUAAAAUCUGUAUUCACAAAGACGCUGAUAUCGUUAACUUGGGCAAAUCUUUUAACGAAGGUCUAAAUCAGUUUCUGCUUCAGGGAUAGAAAAACAAAAACGGUGGUCAUGUUAUGUACAUGUAAACAUGGCUGAACAUCACGUAUUUUUUAUUUUUUAAAUAUUUUUAUCCGUUUUAUCUGUCGACAGAAAACUGAAAGGCUGAUAUUCACUAGAUUUCUUUUAAACCACAGAAUUGCAGCACUUUAAGCGCUUAUCCUUUUGUAAGCACAUAAAGUGAAGCUAUCGUACCUUUUCCUCCCAUCCAAAUGGAUUUGUACUGUAAAUACGAAAACUGGAAGACAAAUGUUUGCGUCGUCAAAUGAACAGGAAGGCAAGCAGCCGUGCUUGUUUAUGAAUUUAGCGGCAUGAUUUCCACGCGCACCAGUUUUAAAUGAAGGCGAUGAAGACCUGAAACUACGUAGGUCUCAUGUUCUGAAAUAUUUUUUUCUGUUUUAUUUGAGAAACAGUUCAACGUGCUACUUAUAUUUUAUUAACUUUUUUGUGAGCUUGGACCAUAUUAUUUAAAUGAAUUUGUACAGUAGGCGCGAAGGUAGUUUUACAAAAAACAAACAAAUGAACAAAAUGUUUUAUUUAUUAUUUAUUUUUUAUUUAAUAGUCUAACCGUGUACUGUACGUGUGAAGGAGGCAUAAACACUGAUUUUUAAAAUAUUGUUUCACGCUACUGAUCACCUGAAGCUACACAGCAAAGGUCAUUUCUUGGCUGGUUUUCUUCCAUUCAGAAUAAAGCAGAGUUUGAUUUGUUGUAAAUAAUGUUUGCUUAAAGUGGCUCAGAAUAACCUUGACAUUGUUGUCCAGUGUACAACAAAUUUAACAGAUAUUUCAGCAAGUUAGACAGCACAAACUGGGACUGAAAUAUUUCAAGAGAUAACUGGGUGUGUGUGUGUGUGUGUGUGAGUGUUUUCUCCAUGCCAUCAAGGACGUAGUUCAUCCACUGUACAUUAUUUAACAUGUUUGUAAAAAUCUAGCUCCAAACUUUUGAUUUUUAAUCGCACAAUUUGUCACGUAAAUGAAAGGUCAUGCGCUCUUUUCCACAAUAAAAUACCAGAUCAGUGAACCUGUACAGAAUUUAUCUACACACACUACCGCAACAAAUGUGAAUAGUAUUUUUCUAAAGCACUGUAAUGGCCGACCUGGUGAAUUUGUACAUAAACGGGGAGGCGAAGCUCUGAAUUUCCAUCGGCCGUUUCUCCGACUCUGUUUUUUUUCCCUCCUGCUUAUCACUACUUGUACAAAAAGAGACGUACAUAUUUGCUUU